CUGAAAUUUGAGCUGUAAAGCUCUCUUGAGCUUCCCAUUAUUUAAAAGCAUAAAAUUUCUUAAGCAACUCAUGUACAACCAGCUAAGCAACGAAAAAGAUGUUGCCAGAGAAUGUUGUAGAGAGAAUUUUUUCUUGCAAUAGUUGUGCAAUAAUAACGGGUUGUAUUAAAAACCAGGCUAAACUCCUUAACCUGUGUUCUGUUAUUGUAGACUUUCUUGUGUUACUGAGAUUGUGUUUUAUUGUUGUUGUUUUUGUUUCUUUGUUUUUUUUCGUUCACGUAACCCUUGCUCUUUUUUUAGCUGCGUUGCUAUGGUACUUUGAUUUGUAUUAUUUGGUAACUCUCUUUAGAUUUUGAAGCUUUAAAGGAUUUCAGCCACGAGGAUUCAUGUCGUCGCGUGAACUCUACAUUUAAUAUAUAUGAAGCCUUAGCGGAUUCUCUUAAUCUGAUGUCUCACAAGAUGAAAAGUGUGGAAGAAAAGUACAAAAUUCAGAGAGGUUAUUAUGCGCGAGGAUUGGUUGAUGCUAAAGACGAGAUCACUCACAACUGCCAUAACGUUAAUAUGACAAACGAACGCACGAUGGAUGCUUUGUAUUAUGUGGACAAGUUAAAACAAGGAACUGUUUUAUGGGAACAUAACGUACGACAGCAAAUAGCGAAACUAGAUGAAAAAGCUUUAGCUAUUUGGAAAGAAUACUUAAAUGAUGUUGCUAAAUCCACAGAUAAUGUAAACGCUGAAAAGUUGAUGAAAAUGCUUACGUCAGCAUCUAGGGCUGCCCGCAAAAGAAACGAUAUUCCAGAUGAAUUUGGUAACAGUUUGAAAACUGCAUCAAAGAUCGUAAACAGCCUCAUGGAUGCAAAAUCCGGUUCGCUAAGUUCAAAUAGAAUGUAUAUUGAGGAGCUAAAUACCAAUGUGAAAGUCAUGAGAAAAGCUUUGCCAUUUAUUACAUGCAUAGAAUGAAGUCUCGUAUGAUGGAUCAAUCUCCUGAUGCACAGUGUCAUAGCUGUAUUGGAUAAGUUUGAAGGGAUUUCUGUGGAAAUAAUAUUUAUGUUAUAUUUGAAAUGUUUUCACAAGUUUGACACGUUUCACAAGCAUUAUCUAAGAUGAUGUUUUAGCAUCACAUUUUUACAUAACUUCAUAUAAACAUGUUCAAAUUAUUUGACUUUUUUUAAUGAGAAAACGCCUUCCUAGAAUAAGCGCCUUUGUUGCUUAGAAAGUAUAUUUUUUGCGAAGCAACACCAAGAUUAUUUUUAUGUUUUUUUUUCAGACAUUAUGUUUUAUUUAUUUAUAUAGUUAUU